AUGGACAAUUCCAUAAAAUCUGCGGCGCCCAUUGCCCAGCCCCUUGAUGAUAAAGAGUCUGGCAAUAUUCGGGUCCAGAAUGCAGAUGAAUUGCGCCUGGCGCAGAUGGGCCAUAAGCAAGAGCUGAAACGUCACUUUUCAGUAUGGAGUCUCAUCGGUCUGGCUGCAAAUUGUACCAUUUCCUGGACUGGACUUGGCCUAGGUCUCAUCACUUCCAUCAACGCUGGCGGUCCCGGUGCCCUUAUCUACGGAUUUAUCCUCGUCUUUAUCCUGCAAUGCUUUCUGGGAACAUCACUAGCGGAGUUUGUUUCUGCGUACCCAGUCGAAGGUGGGAUGUAUCACUGGAUUGCAGCCAUUGCUCCGAAACGUUACAGCAAUGUGUUAAGCUUUGCGACUGGCUGGAGCACAGUGUUCGGCUGGAUAUUUACCACUGCCUCUACGAACCUCGUUUACUCGUCGAACUUUAUCGCCCUCAUUGCCUUGUACAGACCCAACCUUGUUGUGCAGCCUUGGAUGACUUUCGUUGCGUACCAAGGGUUCAACGUCAUAACCUCUGGAAUCGUCAUGUUUGGCAAUAAGUGGAUGCCAGCAAUCAACAAAUUCUCGUUAUGCUACCUUCAACUGGCCUGGUUUGCCAUCCUGGUCACCGUCGCAGCCACUGCUCCCAAGCACAAUGACACAGAAUUCGUCUUUCGAACCUGGAUCAACGAAACCGGUUGGAAGAACAAUGUCGUCUGUUUCAUAACGGGCCUAGUCAACCCUCUGUACAGUCUAGGCGGCCUAGAUGGGAUCACUCACAUCACCGAGGAAAUGCCAAACCCAGGAAGAAACGCUCCUUUAGCCCUAGCUUGCACACUCGCCAUAGCUUUCGUCACCGGCUUCACCUACCUUCUCAGCCUUAUGUUCUCCGUCCAGGACUACGCAAGCCUCGCCGACUCCCCAACAGGUCUUCCCCUCGCAGAGCUCUUUCGCCAGGCAACCCAAAGCCGCGGAGGUGCCUUUGCCCUCGUCUUCCUUCUCUGGGUUGCAGUCGGACCAUGCGUGAUCGGCUCACAGCUGAGCACCGGGCGAAUGCUCUGGGCAUUUGCCAGAGACGACGGACUUCCCUUCUCUAAGUUUUGUUCCAAAGUCAACAAACGAUUCGGAGCUCCCAUCAACGCCCAGCUAUGCGUGGGUAUCAUCAUUGCACUUUUAGGCUGUAUCUACCUUGGUUCCAGCACCGCAUUCAACUCGAUGAUGAGUUCUGCUGUAACAAUCAACAACAUCGCCUACCUCGUCCCCAUCCUCACAAACGUUCUCCUUGGUCGCAAAACCAUGCACCGUGGCCCAUUCUCAUUAGAAUACGUAUCAGGAAUGACGGUCAAUAUUAUCACUGUUGCAUGGCUGGUCUUUGCAAUUGUGUUUUUCUCGUUUCCUUAUGAUAUGCCUGUUACUGCCUCGAAUAUGAAUUAUACGUGUGUAUGUGUCGGUGGGUUCCUGCUGCUGGAGCUAUUGUGGUGGAUUGUGGCGGGAAAGAAGUAUUCGAGACGGAUGGAGAAGGUAAGGGAGGAAGAGAAGAAUGCCUCGCAGGCGGUGGUGGUUGACCUUGUGGGGAAGAGCUGA